UUUCAAGAGGGGGAGGGAAGGCAGGAAAAGGGGUAAAACAAUUUCAAGAUGGCGGCGACUGAGGCGAGGAUAACAAUGGAAACCAGGAGGCUUGGGUGGCUCUGGGCCUGAUCUGGUGACCAGGCAGGAACGAGAGAAAGUCGGUUGUGGGUCGCCAGGCCCUAGGCAGGAAGCGGGGCUUCGGCGGGGAGUGGGGCGCCCCCGCCUGCAAACGGCGGCGGCAGCACCAGGGAAAGAGGAGGAGGGAAGAAGAGUGUUGAGGCUGAGGGCUGACCGGCGCCCCUCGCCGCCAGCCAUGACGGAGUGAAGGGCCGCCUAGUCUUGUGAUCUUUCCCCUGUGUCGCCCUCGGCUCAUGGUUCUGCCCCCCUGCCCCAUGGCGGAGUCCGUGGUUCCGCGGCAUAGCGCGGUGAUGGAGCGGCUCCGCCGGCGGAUCGAACUAUGCCGGCGGCAUCAUAGCGCCUGUGAGUCCCGCUACCAGGCCGUAUCUCCUGAGCGCCUGGAGCUGGAACGCCAGCAAACCUUCGCCCUUCACCAACGCUGCUUGCAGGCCAAGGCCAAGCGGGCCGGGAAGCACCGCCAGGCACCUCUGCCUCCUCCGCCAACCGCCCCGUCUCAGCCGCCUCCCCCUGCUCCAGCCCCUGGUCCCGUGGGCUCUGCCUCUACAUCCGCUUCUUCCGACAGGUCUGGAGUCAACGGUGUAGAGGCCGACACCGCGGGCCGUGAACAACAGCAUCAGCACGGCCGCAGCAGCGCCCUCAUCGCGCAGCUUCAUGAAACAGUGAAAAGGAAUCUUGAUAGUUCUGUUUCAUCUCAGAAUGGUGACCAGCAGAAUGGCUAUGGGGAUAUGUUUUCUGUGCCCAAGAAAUUGCGUCAUGAUGAUAGUCUUGUGGGAUUGAGUGGCUCCUCCAAUGGAAUUCCUCCUGCAUCACCUCUGCACCAACUUGACAACAAACCUUCAAGUGGAGACACUUUACAGCUUAAUGGAAAACAUUCCAUGGGUCUAGAUGGCAUCAACAAAAAGUGUCUGCCAGACUCUAACCUUCAGCUGAAUGGAAGCAAUGAUGCUGAUGACCCCUUUGCUAUGGUUAUUAACAAGGAGCUCAAACAAGAACCAGAUGAUCUUCCUUGUAUGAUUACUGGACCAGGAAGUUCAAUAUCUCAGAAUAACUUGAUGUCUGAUCUUAACCUUAAUGAGCAAGAGUGGAAGGAGCUCAUUGAUGAACUUAAUAGAUCAGUGCCUGAUGAGGAUAUGAAAGAUCUAUUUACUGAAGACUUUGAGGAAAAGAAGGAUGUUGAUGCUUCAAAUUCAGCUGCCCAAACUCCAUUACCACAGGACAUCAUUAUCAAGACUGAAUUUUCCCCAGCAGACUUUGAACAAGAGCAGAUGGGAUCUCCACAAGUCAGAUCUACGUCUGCUGGCACAGCAUUCAUUGGUACCUCUUCUAUCCCUGUUACUGCUACUUCCCCAUCAGUUAGUAAUUCUCAAACUAUGAUUCAGCCAUCCAAUCAGUCAGUAACUGAAAAUCCCAACCAGUCCAUGAUGCAGCCAUCAAACCAGACUCAAAAUGUUCAGAGGCCUCUACCUAGUUCAUUGUUAUCUGCACAAAAUACAGGGGGUGCAAAAGAGAUGUCAUCUGCUAAACAGCUUCAACAGAUAGCUGCAAAGCAGAAGAGAGAUCAGCUGUUACAGAAUCAACAACAAAUCCACCAACCCAACCAGAUUUCUUGCUGGCAGCAGUCUGGGCCUUCUCACAGUCCAUUAGCUGUUCCAUACUCUAUGGAAAAUCCCACUAGCCCUUCAGUUUACCAACAGGACUUCAGUAACCAAAAACCCAUGAUGUCCAGUAUGCCAAACAAGAGCUCUCCCAGGGCUGGAGGUAAUUACCAUAGCGGAAAUAUCCUAAGCCAUCAGCCAAACAACUUAAACCAGAACUCUGUGUCUAGUCAAAACUCUGUGCUGGACUAUGGGAAUACGAAACCUCUUUCACAUUACAAAGAAUGUGGGCAAGGAGUUACAAUAUCUGGACAGAACAAGACCUCGAUGUCGGCAUAUAUACAGCAGCGUCAACAACCCACACUGCCUCAUAUGAGUGAUGAGCAGAACGGGAUGUUUGCAAUGAAGAAGUCUGGAAAUAUUCCUUAUAGACCUCUAGUACCGCACAACCAGGAUCAAAAUCCUCCUUCUGGUGUUCCUCGCAUUCCUGUUUCUGUUCCUGGCCCUGGUGUAAAUGCACAGCCGCCCAAUGUUUCCAUGGCAGGUAACCAUGGCAACCCAGCUUAUCUCAACAGUCAGCAGCAAGCAGCUGUAAUGAAGCAACACCAAAUGCUACUGGAUCAACAGAAACAGAGGGAACAACAAAAGCAUUUGUUAAUGGAACAACAGAAACACUUUCUAAUGGGACAGAGGCAACUACUUGCUGAACAGGAGAAGCAAAGACAUCAUCAAGAGCAGCAGCUCCAAAGGCAUCUGACUCGACCGCCCCCUCAGUACCAAGACCAGACACAGAAUCCAUACCAGCAGCAGUUCACAGGCUCAUCUCCAACUAUGGCAGGGGUAAAUAAUUUAGGCCAGUCCAACUCCAGUAGCCCACGCAUAUUUUCUCAGACGCAGAACAUGAUCCAGAUUGCAACUGGGCACAACUCCGUCUCCUCAAGCAACAAUCAGCAAGAUCGAGGAGUAACUCAGUAUCCUGGCUUGCAGAGCAUUCAGCGAGGUAGCUUGUACAAUAUAGCAUCUGGUAUGACACAGAUGGUUCCACAGCAUACAAAUCCAAGUGCCAACGGACAGCCACAGAUGCAAAGACAACCCAGUUUGGCUCCGGGCACUGCUGUUCCUGCUGGAUAUGGACAGAGCACUCUAGCAAGCACCAACAUUUCUCAGCAACACAAUAAAGGAGCACUGAAUCCUAACUUAUCCAAGCCCCAGAUGGCAAGAAUGCCAACAACCAUUGGGGCCCAGAAUCCAUCAUGGCAGCACCAAGGUAUGUCAAAUAUGAACAGCCAGGCACAAGGAAAUAGUGGUUUAGGGACAUUUACCGCCAACUCCACUUUCCAUAUGCAGCAGACUCACCUAAAGUUGACCAAUCAACAGUUUGGUCAAGGAAUGCCUCAGGUAAGCCUCAACACCAGCAGGCCAAUGACAUCAAUGAACUCUGCUGUUUCUGGACAGAUGCUGUCAACUAUCGGUGCCCAGCAGAGGACAAACCCUCCUACCCAGCAGGUGGUCCCAUCACAGCAGAUCUUGCCAGGCAUGAGUCAGGCUGUUCCAGAUCUGACAUCUUUCAGCCAGAAUCAAAAUCAGCAGUUAUCCAACAGAGCCAAUCUGCAUUGUAGUCAAGGUUAUCCGGUGAGGACAGCAAGUCAGGAACUGCCCUUUGUCUAUAGCAACCCACCUGGUAGUAAUGGACUGCAAACCUUAACUGGAGAUACAGAUCUUAUAGAUGCUUUGUUGAAAAACAGGACUUCAGAAGAGUGGAUGAAUGACUUGGAUGAGUUGUUAGGGAAUCAUUAAAAAGAGGUUUGGGAAUUUUCCACCCAAUUUUUUUUUUAAAGUUACAACUAUUUUUGGACCAAAUACCUGUGGCAUUGAGAAGAUUCACAGGAGCUAAUGGGAAUGUAUUGGAGCUGUCCCUUCUGGGUCUAACAACAUGAGAAGGAUGCCCAAUUUGAUAGGGAAUAACUUGUUUAUUUUUGUAGUGUGCCUGGAACACUGCUCUCGAAAACAGUCCUGGUCAGUUUGGUGUGCAUCCCAGCCAGCCCUUGAGAAGUUUAGCUUUUAACGGUGUUUUGCAGUUGAAGGCUUAAAUGCAAACCAUGCCAUGGUAAUGCAGAAAGUAAGCAAGCAAGGAAGACUACAAAUAUUCAGUGUUAAGGCAAUCUUUCCUGCAGCUAGUCCUUGACAGGUUUCUUGAUUAAUUUGACCUGCUAACUAGCGAAAGUAGCACUCUACCACCUUUUUCUGAGGAAACUGCAACCCUUCUUCUUUGCGGGAUCCUCUCUUUGAGAGGUCAUUCUUCUAGUCACUAGACAUCUUUGGCAAGCAAGAAGUAACAGUAAUAAUAGCUGAUGGCUGUCUGUGCUGAAGAUGGUUGAGUGUUAAAAUAAGUCCAGCAGUAGAUUCUAUAGCCCCAAACUGGGGACAUCAUUCUUAAAUACCUUACGGCUUACUGAACUAAGCAGUUUGCACUCUGCUGUGGGGGAAGGCUGAGCUCUUGGGGUUUUUUUUAGCCAGAGAAUCAGACUUAAAAUCAAGUGUGUGCCCUUUUUCUAUCUCCUUUCCAACAUUCUUUAAAUGAGAAUGUUGCAUUGAUUGCAGCUUAUUUCUUCUGUUUUAUUCAGAGGGCAUUCAUAAUUAGCAAUCUUUUGUUGCCACACACAUGCUGUACCAGUAAGAACAGGAUCUGUUACUUUUGGUCAAGCAGGUGAAGGAAGUCUUGUGCCUUGGAAGCUGUUAAUAACGUGAAAAACGUUGCAAUAAUGGCACAGAGAGCCUGGGAAUGCAUAAUACUUUUAUUAAAGGUUGUUCCAUUGUGAGAGCCCACCUCUUUUGAGGAAAAAAUGGGUUAGUGAUUUAAUCUCUUCACAAAUAUGUAGGCUAAUCCCCAAUUAAGCAGAUGCUGCUAUUUCAUCAUGGUUAAUGGCUACCCUCUCAUGGAUGUGUAGGGUCAGUCCCAUGCAGGGCAAGGAAAAGAGAAUUGUUCUUAACAGGUUACCAAAAAUUCUUCUACUUGCCAACAAGCCACCUUUUGCCUUAACCUUUAGUUUAUAAAGGUAAUAAAUUUGAAAGUUGUUUUAGACUCACAGAUACCUCUCUGUUCCUUCCUCUGGAUUUGGUUCUGUUCUUUAAAGAACAAGACUGUUUACCUCCUGUUAUAAGGAUCCUUAAUUCAUCACACCUGUAACUGAGAAUCAAAGAAUUUUCUUCAGACCCAUUCAGGAACAUUUCUACACAAGAAGAGUGUAAAGAUUUGAGUUUAGGAUAUUUUAGGCAUGGAAAUAGAUAAAGGAUAAAACAGCUAAACCAUAGGAAGGAAAAUGUUUUAUUGUAUCUGCAGUGUUUUUCUCAGAUGUGCACUUUGGAAAAAAAUCUGCUUUAACACUACUUUUAUUUAACCCUUUCCCAAAUUACACCUGGACAUUAGUUCUGUUUUAUAUGAUUGCCGCCCAUGAGCAAGUUACCUAUGCCAUGCUAAACAGAUUUUUGUAUUGUAUCUUGAUGGACUGUUGAUGGGGGAUAAAUUGUGGAAGUUGCAUGAUGGUGAGUGGUUUCACUGCUGAAUGUCCAAACUUAAGCAAACCACGUUGCUUGCAUAUUUUUAAACACAAUUUUCUAAAAGAUGGUUCAUUUUAAUGAAUGAAGCAUUGGUGUGACUGAUAUUGUAAGUAAAUUAGAUUAGAGUUAAAUUUACUAAUCUUUUUCACAAGUCAGCAGUUGAGUGAAAUUGUUCUGGUGAGCUUGGUUUUAUCAAAGAAUUGGUCCAAUAUGACUGUCAUCAGGAAAAUCUCCUUUUAAUCUUUAGAGCUGCUUUUUUCCCCUUUUUGCCAGGGAAAAGGGGGGUAGAUGUUGGAAAUAACUGUACUUGUUUUGUAAACGUUUGAGAAUUUUGCACCAGCGUGCCUUCCUUUUCUUAUUGGAGGUGCUUGGGGGCCUCUUAGUUAUUUAAUUGUCUGGGUUCUGCUGAUCCCCCCUCCCAGCACAUAAAAAGUAACAGAUUUUAAAUAAUUUAAAUAUUAAAUUCCAGUUGGAUUUCCCAACUAGAGUUUAGGUCAAAAGAAGCCUCUUGCUUUUCUAAGGCUACAAUUAGAUUUUGAUGCCCAAUUAAAAUGCUGAUGUCUUUGUCAACUGCAAACACAUGCUGUUCAACUUUUGUUUAGAUACCAUUUUAAGCAAAUCAGCCUGGAACAUUUUUGGCAGUGAUCACUGAAUAUGAAGGCUGGGUGGGGAAGGAAUAAAUGCUGCCCUUCAGUCCCUUGUAGCAGUUCAUAAAUGAAUAUAUGCACUUGAGCUUUCAAUUUGCUGCAGCUUUAGAGCAAUAAGAUGUGGCUCCCCUGAGCUUUACCUAGUCUGCUGCCUCAGCUUUAUUUAUAUACUGUUGUCAUGGACAGGUGAAAAGGUGUAUAAAUGUCACUUUUUAACAUCCACUGCCUUCCAAACCUCCCACAACUGAAUUGAAAGGGUGCUCAGUUUUCUAUACUACACAUUUUUGUGUGUAAAUAAAUGUUUACAGUUUUAUAUUAAAGAUUGAAUAAGAGUUAGAUCUGAGUGUAUAUUUUUUACUUUUUAUAGAUUUUAAAACUAUAAUUCUUUAUAUAUAUUAUAUAUAUGUUGGGGGUGGUUAUGAUAAGUUUUACACUUAAUGGUGAACAGUUCAAAUUUGAUGCUAACCUUUUUGUCAUUGAAAUGUAUAAAGAGCCCAUUAAUCCAUUUUUUCUUUAACUACAAUUACUGUGGCACACCAAAAAAAAAUCUUUCACUUCUGUUAUGUCCAUAUGAAAAAUAAAUAUUUUGCUAGUGUAUUAAACAUAUUGUUGUGUUUUUUGAAGCAUCAUGUGAGCUGAAUGUAGUCUGUCUUUGCUGUUGAACUGAUGUUUAACAUUCCUUUUCCUUUUAUCUGACGAGAUGUGAUUAUCUGGGAAAAUUAGGGGGAGAAAAGGGUUUUUCCCAUUUCCCCCCAAUUUUUUGGAAAAAUACCUUGUUUGUUCCCCACUUUUUCCAGUUUUUUCCCCAGGGCAUUUACAUGUCUAUAUCUGA